AUGGUGUGUGAACCCGCUAUUAUUGAGGUUCAACUCUCAUGGGUCCCAGUUGACGCGAAGGGCACUCUUCCACCGAAUGCAAUCGAGGCUAAACCCGGAGUCUACAUAAUCCGAGCCUUUCACGAAUCCGAUUUAAUCCCAGGCAAAUGGAGUGGGACAACGCCGCAUGCAUUUGUGUCCUAUGGAUGUGGUGAAAUCCAAGUUUCCAAAUUUGAAGUGUUAUGCAACACGUCCGUAUUCCAGAAUCGUCCACCGUGA